AUGGACCGUCUACACGGACCAACGGGUUCCGUUGAAAUGGACGCUGGAAUCGUCGGGCAUCAUACAUGCAGUACGCUAUCGAACCAAGAGCUCCACGACUUGCUCAGGAAAACUUAUACUCUGGAGGAAUCCGUAAUUUCUGCUGCGUUGUUGCCAGAGUCAGUGGAGGACAGAAGAGCGAAGGAGAUCCUGGAGAAGACGACUGUGAGUGUUGGUGAUCGCUUCGAGACGGGUCUUUUGUGGAAGGAGGACGAUCCCAGCUUUCCUGACAGUUAUCCUAUGGCGGUGAAGCGCAUGCAGAGUAUGGAAAGGCACUUGCAGAAGGAUGCCGAGUUGUAUGAGAAAGUUCGUUGUAUGAUUGGCGAAUACCUUGCGAAAGGGUACGCCCACAUAGCGACGCGGUCGGAGUUGAAAGCGUUCGAUUGCACCAAGGUGUGGUACAUUCCUCUAAACAUAGUCUUCAAUCCAAGGAAGCAAAAAUAUCGUCUGGUGUGGGAUGCUAGAGCGGAAGUCAAAGGUAUCUCGUUGAACUCCAAGCUGCUAAAGGGUCCGGACAUGCUGACCGCACUUCCUGCCGUACUCUGCAGAUUCCGUGAACGCGCUAUCGGAUUCGGGGCAGAUAUAAAGGAGAUGUAUCACCAGAUGAGAAUUCGUGAAGCUGAUAAAAGAGUGAUUCGAUUUGUGUUCCGGAACGACCCUUUGAUGGCGCCGGUGGUAUAUGUAAUGGACGUAGCAACAUUUGGGGCCACCUGUUCGCCGUCAUCAGCACAAUAUGUGAAGAACCUGAACGCGAAGGAAUACGCAGGGCAGUUUCCGGAAGCGGAGAAGGCGAUCGUCGAAAACCAUUACGUCGACGACUAUUUCGACAGUGCUGACACGAUAGAGGAGACUGUGAAGCGUGCGCGAGAUGUUCGUGAUUCAAAGACGGUUUUGUCGUGGAUCCAUUCGGACCAUCGUCGGUAUAAACAGUUCGUGGCAUUCAGGAUCGGCGAAAUCCUCAACCUGACGAAGCUAGGUGAAUGGCACUGGGUCCCGACUAAAUGCAAUGUAGCUGACGGUAUGACGAAGUGGGAGAAACGGUACAGUCUGCAGUCCAAUGGACCAUGGUUUCGGGGUCCUAAUUUCCUUUACCAUCCGGAGGAGAGUUGGCCGCUACUAGACCGAGUAACGCCGAAUAUUUCCGAGGAGAUGCGGGUACGACUCCUGUUGCAUGACGUUUUAGUGACCGAUUCGGUGGUGGAUUACCAGCGUUUCUCGAGAUGGAGGGUCCUAGUCCGGACAAUAGCAUGUGUUUUCCGAUUCGUGUCGAACUGUAGAAGAAAGCGAGAUGGUUUGAGCAUUGAGGCGAUACCAGCAACAAGCAGGGUGAAAAAGUUGGUGAAAAGAGAUCUGAUCACAAAAAUUACUCCGUUGAAGCGGGAAGAAUAUCAGGUAGCAGAGGCGUAUCUUUGGAGAGCAGCUCAAGCGGAUGAAUUCGAGGACGAAGUCAAGGUGCUGAAGAAGAACCGAAGCCUCCCCUACAAAGAUUGGCGACCCGUAGAGAAAUGCAGCCACAUCUACGAUCUAAGUCCGUUUCUGGACGAGCAAGACGUUGGCCACGGCAACACGGAAACCGCAGUCAAUGAAAUCCGGCAACGGUUCCGCAUUCAGAAUAUGCGUGCGGAAAUGAAACGUAUCUGCAAAACCUGUGUGUGGUGCAAGGUGAAGAAGUGUGGACCGAAGUCUCCUAGAAUGGCUAGAAAGUCACGUGUUACGCCAAAUCUACCACCGUUCACUCACACUGGAGUGGACUACUGUGGACCAUUCACAGUGGCCGAUGGUCGCAGGUCGGAAAAACGCUAUGUCUGCUUGUUCACCUGCAUGUCUACAGGAGCCGUUCACCUCGAAGUCGCUCAUAGCUUGACGACACAAGCUUGCUUGAUGUCUAUACGACGUUUCACUUGUCGCAGAGGCAAACCGCUGGAGUUCUAUUCCGAUAAUGGAACGAAUUUCCAGGCAGCCAGCAAGGAGAUCAUGCAGAAAAUCGGAAACGACAUCGAAGACGUGUUCACUGACUCCAGAACUCGGUGGAAUUUCAAUCCACCAAGCUCACCUCACAUGGGUGAGGUUUGGGAGCGACUGGUGCGCUCUCUGAAGAUGGCAUUGAAUGUGCUCAAUGACGGACGAAUGAUGACCUACGAAGUACUGCUGACCACACUUGCGGAAGCUGAGGACCUCAUCAAUUCCCGCCCCCUAACGUACUCAUCACUGGAGCCAGGAGUACUAGAAGCUUUGACACCAAAUCAUUUCAUUCGUGGUGUUGGAGGUCAAACCGAGCAUGCCGUUCCGCCCACCAACGAAGCUGUGGCUCUCCGAGAUUGUUAUAAGCGCUCGCAAGUGCUGGCCGACAGAUUGUGGAAACGAUGGAUCACGGAAUAUUUGCCGUCGAUCAACCGAAGGACGAAGUGGCACGUGGAGUCACCACCACUCACCCGAGGUGACCUUGUGUAUAUCGCCGAUGAUAGCAUACGAAAAAAUUGGAUCCGAGGCAUUGUCGAAGAAACUAUCGAAGGACCAGACGGCAGAAUCAGGCAGGCAAUAGUAAGGACCGCUAAGGGUCAGUUCAGGCGACCCGUGGCGAAGCUGGAGGUGCAGGAUCGUAAAUCUGGAAUGCAGGGAACCCAACCAGAAUUACGGGGAGGGGGUAUGUGCCUACCUACGAGCACCAUAUAA